GUCGCGCCCGACCUCGGGCCGCUUCGGGCUGCGGCCAAAUCGGGGGAACCUGUUGCGCGGGCCCCUGCCGCCGUCGGAGCGGCUGGCGCCGAGGCGGAGGCAGGCGGCAGGCCCCGCGGCCACAGCCGUCGGCGCCGCCGCGCCGAGGCGGCACCGGUGGGCUCUGCGCCGCAGGAGGGCGACGGCAGCGGCUGUAGCCUCAGCACGGUCGGCAGCGAGCAGGAGCUGGAGGACGGGCUGAAGGAGAGGCGCCGCGGCCAAGCCGAGCCUGUCGCGCGCCAGCGGGCGGCGGUGCUGGUUGCCACCUCGCUCUUCCCAACGCUCAGGGCCGAGCAGCGCAGCCGCGAGCCGUCCGAGUGCGACGAGGGCGAGCUGCGCGACGUGGACGGGCACGGCGACGCCGAGCAGAGGCGGCGGCGCGGCGUCAACUGGGACGACGGCGGGUCGGAGGGAUCCGUGCAGAGCGUGAAGAUCGGGCGUCAGGCCUUGCCCGCGGAGCGCGUGGUCGCCUGCGUCCUGGCCACGCAGCUUCGGCUCAUCGGGAGCACGGUGUCCAGCUCCUCUGCCUUCCUUCCUUUCGGCGGCUGCGUGAAGAACGCCGCUCGGGUCGUGGAGAUGCUCGAAAAGAGGUUCGGUGUCACGCUUCCUAGCUCGGCCGAGUCCGACUUGCUGCUCGCUAGGGCGGGCUGGCAGACGGUGCAGGACAUCGCCGACCAAGUGCAGCGCAGGGUCGACUUGAGCACGCGGUAA